AAAUUAUUCAAAAUGAACAAUGAACUGGAACAUUAUUAAUGAUAAAUGAUUUUUUAGAUUUUUGUCAAAAAAAUGAUGGUCGAUAAAAAAACAAAUAAAUUCCUACUCGAAAGAAAUGGAAAGAAGUUGAAGAUGAAUUACUUUUAAAAGCUAUUAGAAAAUAUGGAAAUUAAUGGUGUAAAAUAUAAGAGGAAGUACCAACUAAGGAUUCAAAACAAUGUUAAGCUAGAUGGAAGAUUCUAAAAUAAGUAAGAUUUAAUUAUUCAUAAUUAUUUUAAAGAAAGUAGAAACAAUGGAUAGAUUGGAUGCUUUGGCUGAUUAUUCUGAUAUGGAGAAUUAAAACUAAAAGUUAAAUAAACCAAAAAAAAAGCAUAGAGAAAUACCUCGAAGAUAUAAUCCACAUUUUGAUUAUAAUGAAGAAUCAUCUAGUGAAUCUAUGCAUUUAUAACAAUUUCAACAGGCUUUGAUUAAAUAGCCGAAUCAAUUGUCAUUGCUAUAAUAAUAAUAAUAAUAAUAAAAAAGAGAGUAAAUUCAGAAAUAGGCCUAAACUUAAUAUUAGAAUGUUUGGAAUGCUAUGGAUGAUAAGAUGCUUUGGGCAGCUUUUAAAAUAUAUAAAGGAGUAUGGAAUUAAAUCACUUCUAGAUUUUAAGAGAAGAACCCUUAAAGUUGCAUAGAAAGAUAUUAAUAUGUUAGUUUAUAUAUUAUAUAUACUUGUAGUUAUUGCAAUAAAAGAAAAUGAAACUAUAAGAAGAUGGAUCGUCUGUUGAUAUCAUUUCAUCUUUAGUUGAUGAUAGUUCCCAAUAGGGUUCAGAGUAAUUCGAUAUUACUAUAAGUGAAUGUGCAGAUUCAACUGAUUAACAAUAUACAGAGUAUAAGACAUCAUCAUCACUUGGAGUUUAUACUAUUUAAUAGUGUCAUACAAAUAUUGAAAGAAUUCUUAAAUCAUUUUCUAAUCACAAUUUAGAUACCUUGCCUGGUAUACGUGAAUCUAUUGUAAAACUCAUAUUAACUGAUUGA